AUGGUAGCCCCUACGGUAGCCGCCCAGCAUCCCCCUACGUUAGAGGUGGAGGUUAUAGGCGAUCCGGUGUCCAGCACCGGCACAAACCAGCAGCCGACUUGGGUUUCCAAGACGGACCGUCAUCUCCAGCUAAUUAACUCUAGCGUUUACGAAAAGGACUCUCAGACCCGUGCGAAAGCGAUAGCGGAAACAAUUCAGCAAAAGAGGCAACGGCAAGAUGAUAGAGAAAAGGUCAAGCUAAAACAGUUCCUCCAGGCGGGUAGCGCAGGUCCGACAGUAGCUACUGCCACCGUGAGAUCCGCGAACGAACCUGGCGCCUUUGAGCUCGACAUCGAGGGGAUCCGUUUCCGCGUAGCCAAAGACGGCAGUAAACUUGUCAAGCUUUCUGCUGUGGUUGGCGGCGUCAAGUUUUUCAGGAGCAAAACAGGAAAUCUCUACCGGGAUGGAAUCGUCAAGGCCCAUAGGCAGUCAGGCAAGGUCAAGAAGGUCGAUACGCCUUGCAAGACAUUUUCUACCACCGGUAACUCCCACUCUCACAGCUUGCGUGCACCAAGUCGUCGGAUUCUCUCGCAGUCGCUGCUUUGGAUUCAGGAGAUGAUGCGGGACGUGUCUCCAGGUGCUCCCGUAUGUCGGCAGUUUGCCCUUUUCGGCUACUGUGACAAGGCAUCGCAGUGUCCUGAACGACACGUGUUUGAGUGCCCCGAUUUCAGUAACACAGGAAAGUGCAAAACUAAGGGUUGUAAACUCGUGCACCGUGAGAGGGCAAGUGUCCUGCGCAAGGUCGAUCAGAGAGACGAUGACAACCAAAGCACCGAGGACCUAUCCAGUGAUGACGACUCUGUUGCAAGUGACGAUGUGGACUCUGAUGAAGUCGAGGAGUUCGUUGGGGAUGAUAAUGUCGACCAGUCGGCCUUCAAGGAGCAACGAGAUUACAUAUCAUUUUGA